AUGAAACAUUGUUCAUUUUAUUUUUCUUUUUUCCUUUUUUUCCAUGUUUUUUGGAAAUUCUAUUAUUACCACUUUUUAUAUUCUUUUUAUUUUCUAAUAUUUUUUACCAUUCAAACAAUUAGUAAUCAACCAAGUUGUUUAAUUAUUUAUCAUUCACUUCAACUAGUACACAUAUUACUAUUUCUCAAUUUAAUACAUCUAAUAAUAUUCUUCUCUAUAUUGUUGUUUAAAAUAUUCUUAAAUUUUUCAACGCAUUUGUACGUUCAUUUAAUCUUGUUAUUUUUAUAUUACCUUGUUCUUUUCUAUAUGUUUUAA